UUUUCGAGCUGUUCGGACGUCAAAGCGGAACGAAAUAUCGCGGGCUUUUCACUUGUAUUCUGCGGCAAACUGUUCAAACUUUGCCGACGACGCAGUAUAUAUAUUGUUUUUCAAUACUGAAGUGCCCCACGCAGAAAGUGUUAAACGCAAAAAACCACAACGUAAGCGUGCAACGCUAAGUGAGCAAGGUGUCUUCCAGCGUGACCAUGGCUGUGCAGCACCGAAUGUGUUAAAAUUGUUAAUAUUCAAGAGUGUACAAUUAGCACAAUAUAUAAUCGCAAACGAAACAAACCAACCAAUCCAGAUGGCGAGGCUUCCGAGGCUGUUUCUGCUGCCUCUGCUCCAGAUUUUAUGGAUCUCGUGGAGCGAUGCUCUGCCAUUGCAGCAGUUCACGCCGGAUCCCGAUGACAGCACCGAAAACUGCGGCGGCGAGAAUGGAGCUCCACUGAUGACGCCAUGCAAGAGCGCCAUAAUCCUGGAUGCCAGUACGAGCACCACGCUGAAGUGCGAGGACAACGAAUCGAUGACCUGGUGGACCAGUAGUCAAACGCAGCUCAUCCACAUCGCGCCGUUCGACAAUACGGAGGAUCCGGCUCGACCAUACGGCACCAGUCUGACUCUCAUCGAGGUGACGGCUGACUGUGUAGCUGCCUACUAUUGCGUGAAGGACUCCAAGUUCAAUGAGAUCCCCCAUGAGGGGCAGUCGGACGAGGCGAUGAUCGAGCUGGUGAAUCAGGGAUAUGCCAGCUCCAUCUACGUGUACGUGAACGACCCGGACAAUAAGCUGAGCGACAGUCACAACGUGGUGACGGCACGGCAAUAUAGCGACGUAGUCAUACCCUGCAAACCAUCCAUGCCGGACACAGAGGUGGUGCUGGAGACCAGCAAUGGAGAUAUGCAUUCCAGCAAAUCUGUCGGUCGGUACGAUCCGCAACGGGGAUUCACCAUCGAGAUCCGCAGCAUCGUAGAUGGCGGGGACUACUACUGCCGCCCAAAUCCGCCAUUCCCGCACAACGAGGAGGAGAUGACCAGCAUAGAAGUGCGCUUUAUUGGUAACGGUCACAUUGAUAAAUCCGGAUUGGAAAUCCCUCGUACGCUACCGACUAACAUGGGGCACGACACGUAUGCACCAGGUGUCAGCGAUGGCGAUGACGAGUUCCUCAGUGUUACUAACCAAUCGACGGGUAAUGUGGCACUAAUCCGUGGUGGUGAUGGAUCCUUAUCCGGGGAGCGAGCACGCCGGAGUCCAGCCCGCCUGGCUCCGAUGAAUGCGUCGCCCUCACCCAGACCAGGGCAGGACGGCAAACCGCUGCCAAAGCCCGUGAUCAGAUCCUCCGUGGAGCAUCACGUCUUCACGGACACGAACUUCACCCUGGACUGCGAGCAGUCCGCCUACGUUCAAUCGGUAUACGGCAUGGAAUGGUUCACUCCGACCCGCGAUGAGAAUCGCAUCUUUGCCUCGCAAUCAAUAACCGAUCCCAAGACCAGGAACAGCACCCACCAAACGGGCAGGAGCACCUUGACGGUAUUGAAUGCACAGCCCACGGACACUGGUCUAUACAAGUGUGUGACCACGGACACCCUGAACCAGAACGUUCAGCGUGCCACCUACAGGAUUAAGGUCCUUAAGCACAACGAAAGCUACCUGAACGUGGGCGAACCCUCGGGCCAUUACAAUGUGCAGGAGUAUGCCAAUCGCACCAUCCAGAUGACGGCAAACUUUGAGGGAUUUCCGACGCCCUCCUUCAGCUGGUUCAAGCCGGAUGGCACCGAGGUUCGCCAGUCGGAGAAUAACUUUAAGAUCCUCUCCACGGAACUGAGCACCAUGCUCCAGGUGCUCAACGCCCAGUUGCAGGACAGCGGCACCUAUGUCCUCCGAGGAUCCAAUUCCUUUGGCAUCGUUCAGCGGGAGUACAACGUCAGUGUGAUUGACGCCCCGGCGCUGAAGAUGUCGGACGCCUAUGUCCAGGUGGGAUCUGCGGCUCGACUGGAGUGCACCGUGAGCUCCUAUCCGCCGGCUAUCGUCACCUUCUUCUUCCGCCCCUGCAGCCUGGAACCACGGUGGCCCACUUGCUCCGUGCUCAAUCAGAACUUCAGCUUGCCAAGUGAACAGGAGAAAUACCAGUUCCAGACUCGACCAAGACCCGGAAAGCUGAGCGUGGAACGCAUAUACGAGGUAUCCUUCCUGCCCACGGAGCCGGGAAUCCUCACGUGCAUUGCCCAAAAUAUAAUAGAUGGAAAGCAACGAACGACCCAGACGAAGGCACACGUUCUGCUGGGCAACAUUUCCGAGAACAUGACCAUAUAUGGCUUCGACAAGGAUCACAAAAUUGCCAAGGAGGACGAUGUGAACUUCACCUGCGAGGCGCUGGCCUAUCACUUCGAUGGAAAUCUUAAGUGGUUCCAUAAUGGAGAGGACUUGAAGGUGUCGGAACUGGUUCGCAUUGAGACCAACCAUACCAAGUACUCCUACAAGAGCACUGUGCACAUCUCUACGAUAUCCGACAGGGAUCGGGGAACCUACGAGUGCCGGGCCUUCCACAACGAUAACGACGCCCUUUACAGCAGCCGGGAGAUAGAUUUGUACGUCCACGAUCCUUCUGCUCCUCAGUGGACCAUCGCCGGGCAGGAGGGCCACUCGAAAAUUAAGCGCAAGCUUAGCCAAACGCUGGAGCUGGAGUGUGCCUCCACAGCGGUUCCCGUGGCCACAGUGCGAUGGUUUAAGGACGAUAAGGAGCUGAGCGAAUCGAAGCUGAGGCACUUCAUUGAAAAGGAGUCCAAGCUGCUGAUCACUCACCUCUAUCCCGGGGAUGAAGGCGUCUACAGGUGUGUGGUCGAGAACAGAUUGGACAGAAUCGAGCGCUCCUUCACGGUGGUGAUCUCAGAUCUGCCCGGAAUUAGCAUGGCGUGGGUGUGGUUCGGUGUGAUACUUUUCCUCAUCCUGAUCAGUCUGUGCCUCUUCCUGGCCGUGCGCUACCAAAAGGAGCACAAGCGGCAUCUGGCCCUAAAGGCCGCUGGGUUGGCCAACUUCGAGGAGGGCGCCGUGGGUCACAUUAAUCCCGAUCUGACCCUGGACGAGCAGGCCGAACUGCUGCCCUACAAUCGGGAAUUCGAGUUCCCGCGGGACAGCCUGAAGCUGGGCAAGCAGCUGGGAGCCGGAGCCUUCGGUGUGGUGCUCAAGGGCGAGGCCAGGGGCAUCAAGCGGGAGGAGCCCACCACCACGGUGGCUGUGAAGAUGGUCAAGGCGACGGCCGACAAUGAGGUGGUAAGGGCACUGGUCUCCGAGCUCAAGAUCAUGGUGCAUCUGGGACAGCACUUGAACGUGGUCAAUCUCCUGGGUGCCGUCACCAAAAAUAUUGCAAAGCGCGAACUCAUGGUCAUCGUGGAGUACUGUCGCUUUGGCAACAUUCAGAACUUCCUUCUGAGGAACCGGAAGUGCUUUAUCAAUCAAAUCAAUCCAGAUACCGACCACAUUGACCCCAGCAUCAUGACCCAGCGCAUGUCCGACAACUACGAUCUGCACCGCGAUACAAAUGGUGGUGGCUUGAAGUACGCCAAUGUCGGUUUCCCGAUCCACUCCUACAUUAAUGAGCCGCACAACAAUAACACGCAACCGCCACCUCAUCGCAGAAACUCGGACAAUGAUCCCCGAUCGGGCACCCGGGCCGGACGCACCGGAUCCGGAUCCGCCACCUACAGCUACGACCGACAGAUGGACACCUGUGCCACCGUGAUGACCACCGUCCCAGAAGAUGAUCAGAUAAUGUCCAAUAACUCCGUACAACCCGCCUGGCGUUCCAAUUACAAAACCGACUCCACGGAGGCGAUGACGGUGACCACCGUUGAUCUGAUCAGUUGGGCCUUCCAAGUGGCAAGGGGCAUGGAUUACCUGUCCUCCAAGAAGGUGUUGCACGGGGACUUGGCCGCCCGAAAUAUACUCCUUUGCGAGGACAAUGUGGUAAAGAUUUGCGACUUUGGUCUGGCUCGAUCCAUGUAUCGAGGGGAUAACUACAAGAAGUCAGAGAGUGGAAAGCUGCCCAUCAAGUGGCUGGCGCUGGAGUCGCUGAGCGAUCAUGUGUUCAGCACAUACAGCGACGUUUGGUCCUAUGGCAUUGUUCUAUGGGAGAUGUUCUCGCUGGCCAAGGUGCCGUAUCCGGGCAUCGAUCCCAACCAGGAGCUGUUCAACAAACUGAACGACGGCUACCGCAUGGAGAAGCCGAAGUUCGCCAACCAGGAGCUCUACGAGAUCAUGCUAGAGUGCUGGCGUAAGAAUCCCGAGAGCAGACCUUUGUUUGCUGAGCUGGAGAAGCGCUUUGGCAACAUGCUGGGCGAGGAUGUGGCCAGUCACUACCUGGACCUAAACAAUCCCUACAUGCAGAGCAACUUUGAGUACAUGAAGAAGCAGUCUACGGAUUACCUGGCGCUGAUGGGUUCACCCGACGAGCUGGCGCCUCCAGCUCCGCGCUACGUGAACGGACACAUAGUGCCCGAUAUACGCAUCGAGGAGCUGCCGGAUGACUACAUGGCGAUGAGCCCGGACUCCGAACCCGAUGCCAGCACCGCCAUAUUCUCACCCACACGCCUCGAAGGCGAGGCCUCCGACUUUCCGGACUUCUCUAGCGAAACCACUUUCAAUUUCCCAGGAGCGCGACAAUCGCCCACGUUGAGUAACAAUCUCAACAGCGGGUCAUCUAAGCCGCUCCGCAAGAAGAACGGCAUGCCCACUGUGGAUGUGGCGGACCAGGCGCCAGAAGAGAUACCUAUGCUGCAUCGCCGCUCCACCGGAUCGGAUGAAAGUCCGGAGCAGGGAAGGCGCUUCAAUCAGGCCCUCAAGCAGCAGUAUGUCACGCCCACACCGUCCCCUCGCCAUCAUGUGGAGACCAAACUCAAUGGCGAGUCCUCCGAGAACUAUGUCAAUGUAAAGCCGCCUAGGAAGAAUAUACCCGGCAAAACCACAACAGGUGGAGGAGGUGCUGGUGCUGGAGGCACCUCCACGGAGGCCUUCUCGAAUCCCAGCUACCAGCCACUGUCCACCGUCAACGAGAAGGAGCAACGAAGGUAUUAGGACGUCCCGAAGCCAUUAGCCAUUAAGUUCAAGACCUCUAUGCAGCUCAGUUGGAGUUUUAAGUGAAAUCUUAAAUAGAAAAUUUUUAAUAUUAUCAUCUUAUAUAGGGACUAUAAUUGAUCUUAGAAGAACAAAUUGUUAAAAGAAAGUUAGUGUACACGAUAUAAUCUUUUACAAAUGUUAAAAUUUCAACUUAACUGUUUAGCGGCCUUUAGAAAACAAUACUACUUAGUGGCAUUGUAAAGAUACUGAAUAGCUUUAGGACCACACACUCACUCCAUGUUAUAUACUAUUAAUGCCAUUUCAUGUUUUACUUUUAGUGUAGUCUAAGCCUAAGUCUAUUAAACUUAUCUAUGUAAAUGAUUGUCUUGUAUUGUGUAUACAUGUACCUACGACUAAUCAAAUACAAUGGGUAUGAUAACAAUA